ACAGCAUUCUUAAAAGACAUGCAAGCGUCUGCGGGGGUAUCCCCUUCCUGAAAACACACAGUAUACACACCACCUCCACAAGAUCAAAAAAUGGAGUACUUCCUCCUCUUCCUCCUCCUCCUCGUUCUCCCUAUACUCCUCUUAGCAAUCCGCAGUAAACGCCGACGAAACCUGCCUCCCGGCCCGGCGGGGCUUCCUCUGAUCGGAAUCUUCCACCAGGUCGGCGACACACCCCUCCACGAGUACUUCAGCCAACUUUCCAAGGAAUACGGCCCGUUACUGUACGUUAAACUUGGUUCCAGGCCAGUUCUCGUAGCCAACUCCUCAAGAACGGCCGAAGAGAUCCUGAAAACCCAAGACCUGGCGUUUUGCAGCCGCCCGCCAUUUCUAUCGAUGAGCAAACUCUCGUACGAGCGCUUCGACAUCGCCUUCGCCCCCUACAGCGCGUACUGGCGGGAGAUGAGGAAAAUCUGUAUGCUGCAUCUGUUGGGUUCCGCCAGGGUGAGAACCUUCCGUCCCAUUCGCGAGGAUGAAGUUUCGCGAUUGGUGCAGAAGCUGUCUGAACAAGCUUCUCGCGGGGAGACCAUCAAUAUGACGGAGAGAAUCACGUACCUCACCAGCACGCUCAUCUGCCGGAUGGCGUUUGGGAAGAGGUAUGAACAUGGGUCCGGCGAAAGCAAGGAGUUCAACCAUAUCAUACGGGAGUUCCAGACAGCGAUUUCGGCGUUUCAUUUCACGGAUUAUUUUCCAUGGCUUGGUUGGCUUGACAAGGUAUUGGGAAAGAUUGAUCAUCUGGAAAGAGUUUACAAGAAGUGGGAUUUGUUCUAUCAGCAGCUCCUCGACGAACACCAGCAGCCAGAUAGGCCAAAAUCCAUGGACGGGGACGUCGUCGAUAUAUUGCUCCAGUUGAGGAAAGACGGAUCAUUUGACAUCCCUUUGGAUCACAUCAAAGCAGUCCUUAUGAACGUGUACUUUGCUUCAACCGAUACAAUAGCAACCACAAUAGUAUGGGCAAUGACAGCGUUGAUCAAGAACCCCUCCGUGUUGAAGAAGGUGCAAGCCGAGCUCAGAGCCCUGCCGAUGCCACAAAAUAAGCCUCUGGUGGAAGAAGAGGACAUCGCCAUGGCACAGCUGCCGUAUUUCAAUGCAGUAAUAAAGGAAGUAUUGCGACUGUACUCAACCAUACCUCUCCUCCUCCCACGUGAAGCUAUCAAAGAUUGCACGAUCGAUGGAUAUGAAAUCCCCGCAAAGACAUUAGUCCAUGUGAAUGCAUGGGCCAUAAGCAAGGAUCCCGAAUUGUGGAAGGACCCGUUUGAGUUCAAGCCUGAGCGGUUUAUGGGGGACGAGAGGAAAUUCACCCUGGACCUGAAGGGGACGGAUUUCGGGCUCAUACCCUUUGGAUCUGGGAGGAGAGGCUGCCCGGGGAUUACGAUGGCGCUAGCCACGUUAGAGAUCGUGAUGGUCAAUCUUCUUUACCUGUUUGAUUGGAGACUGCCUGACGGGAUGAAGAAAGAAGACAUUGACAAUGAUAUUGAGCCAGGUCUGACCAUGCACAAGAAAAAUCCACUCUUCCUUGUGGCCAAGAAGUUUGUGUAGUUUAGUAAGAUUUAUAGCUACUUUUACUAAUUGUCUUAAUAAAUUUGUGAUGUGUCUGAUGUACACAAAAAAUAUGCUAAUGUUAUAAGGUAAGAUGUUGAUAUUAUUAUUUGAUA